AGGGAACUGGUUAUGGGUGCGACGCGAUUCCAGUUUGGGAUGAAUAUCUCGAUACCGUAUCUACCGCGGCCAUUGCUGCUGUCAAAAUAUACACUGGACAUCCCUAUAGCCAUAUAUAGUCGCAGUGAGACUGUUUCGGCUAAGGCGCUGUCCAGUUCCUUGAGUGCUCUUCGCUAUCUGAACACUUUGCAGCGAGAAAACCAAUCGGAUACCGUGCGAGAAUGCCCUUGUUGUUAUAUGGAACUGAACGACAUCUGGAUUGUAUUUCCGUGUGCACAUAUUGUAUGCGCGGCUUGCAUGAAGAAAUUAAAGUCGAUGCCGUCACUUCCUAAUAAAGUGCGCUGCAUAACUUGUCGUCAAGUUUUUCCUGUGGAUGCCACAAUGUAUGUUGUGGACAAAAAGGAUGAGCUGAUUCCAGGAGUGCGCUUGACGGUUAAGGUAGUAUGA